GUCUUUUCCAGGCGCGGGAUGGAGGCGGCUGUCGGGAUGCGACUGCUCCUUGUCCUCUGGGCGGUGGGCGUGGGCGCGGGCGGCUUCCUGCUCCAGAUGAAAUAUUGCUUCGGGGAAAUCGGAUGCUUCGCGACGAACACCGACUUCUACCACCCUCUCCGGCCCACCAACCCCACGCCCGUUUCCCGCGAGGACCUGGACCUGACGUAUCACGUGUGGAGCCGCGAGGACCAGCUGGGGACCAUGGUGCGGGCGGCGAGGCUCUCGGACAUCCUCAACACCACGCUCAAGGCCUCCAGGAAGACCAAGGUGCUCAUCCAUGGCUACCUCGAUAACGAAGGAGCGACGUGGGUCUACGACAUGGCUGCCGCCCUCCUGCUGUACGGCGACUUCAACGUCCUGACGGUGGACUGGGGCGGCGGAUCGAGGGCGCUGUACGACCAGGCGGCCGUCAACGCGAGGGUCGCCGGCCUGGAGAUCGCCUACCUCAUCAACUGGCUCGAGGACAAGGUGGGCCACCGCCCGCGGGACGUCCAUCUCAUCGGGCACUCGCUGGGGGCUCACGUGGCAGGAUACGCCGGCGAGAGGGUGAUCGGCCUGGGCAGGAUCACGGGCCUCGAUCCUGCAGGACCCUACUUCGAGAACCUUCCUCCCAAAGUCCGCCUGGAUCCCACGGACGCGCUCUUCGUCGACGUCAUCCACACGAACGGAGACCCACUCAUUCUGCAAGGCCUGGGCAUGAAGCAGGCGUGCGGGCACCUGGACUUCUACCCGAACGGCGGGCGGCAGCAGCCAGGGUGCAACGUCCCCCUCAGGGCCUCCUUCGACGUGCUAAAUCAGGGCAUCGACAUCAACCACGGUUUUACCCUCGAGCAAAAAGUCGCGCUGACCUGCAGCCACAGCCGCUCCACUCAGCUCUUCAUAAGCUCUCUGACCUCAGGCUGCGAAUUCCAGGCCUACUACUGCUUCAGCUAUCUACUCUACAAGACCGGCCUGUGCCAGAUGUGCGUCGACGGGAGCUGGUGUGCUCGCAUGGGCAUUGAGGCUGAGGAGUGGAGAGCCUUGGGGCAGGCGGGUCGGAGGCUGGAACAGAUGUAUGUUACGACUACUGAUGACUAUCCUUAUUGUUAAGUGUGUGUGUGAGUUUGCGAGUGUGUGUGUGUGGAAAGAGUUUGUGUGUGAGUUUGUGAGUUUGUGUGUGAGUUGGUUAGUUUGUGUGUGGUGAGAGUUAAUACGGGUGAGAGAGAGUUCUUCGUUUACUGUUGUUAUGAUGUAUUGUUGUUAUUUAUGCUGAUUUGUUUUAUAAUAGAUGGUUGACGGAUUUGUUGUAAUUGGGCAAGUGUCCGAGGUUGUGGCUGAGAAACGACCAUUCGGUGCAGUUACAAGAGUUUGUUGCUUUGUUGAUAUUUGUUGUUGGUAAAGUGAUUAAAGAAAAUGCCCAUAGUUGUGAUCGAAAAACAACCAUGACAAUACCAGUGGAUGGACGUCACAUAAAUUUGCGGGGCGUCUGUCUGCAAAUUUAUUUAUUCCUGUUGUGAUGAUGUUAAUGCAAUUCUUAUAUUGCCAAGUAUUUAUUCUUUCAUUCCAUGUACGUAACUCAAAUAUAUCACCUUAUAGCUAGCUGUUAAAUGCAUAAUGUAUUCCUACGGUGUUGAAUAUUUCCAGUUUGUUUUCAAAUGCCUAUUUUUAAAAACAGGCCUUUUCGUUUUCGUUUAAAUUUCAAAAGUGCAAAACUGGGAUGACCUGACGAGCGGUUUCCUCCCUUUUAUAUAUUCUAGCAAUAUUUAUAUAUUGCUGAAAGUGAUAUAUUUGUCAUAUUUGUGUGAGUCACAUUUUAAAAGUGACAUUCAGUCUUAGAUAUACAUGGAAUUCUUAAGUACAAUAAACAUGUACCUACUUUUGUAUAUUUAUAUGAUAUUUAUAUAUGAUUGAAUAAUU